AUGGCUGGCCUCGAUAUUGCUUUCGAGUCCGAUAUUUAUCAUAUUCCGUUCUUGGCCGACUAUGUCGGAUAUCUGAACUUCAAUAUCGGGACCGGUUUCACUCGUGACUUCGAUUUCCAUUUAAUUGUUGUUCCAGAUGCUCGGUCGAGCCUCGAGAUCGAUCGAGCAUCGAGCUCCAUUUUACCAGUGGGAAAUGGUUCAAUUUCAAUUCCAAAAUGGCUAGAGGUGCUUUUGAGUGAGAAAUUCUUUAAUGCAUGUUUGGUCCAUGAAUUGGAGAGGAAAAAUGAAGAAAAUGUAUUUUGUUUGGAUUGUUGCUUUAGCUUGUGCCUCCACUGCUUGCCUUCUCACCAUUGUCACAAACUUUUGCAGAUUAGAAGGUACGUUUAUCAAGAUGUUUUACGCUUGAAAGAAGCUGACAAGCUCCUAGAUUGCUCCUUUGUUCAAUCGUACACAACAAAUAGUGCUAAAGUGGUGUUCUUGAAUCAAAGGCCAAUAACAAGACAAUUCAAGAACUCACUUAAUUACACUUGUAUUGUAUGUGACAGAAGCAUUCAACGCUCAAACCUUUUCUGCUCUAUCUCAUGCAAGGUAUUAUCUAUCAGCCUCGAGUCUAGUUGUGUGGUUGCUGCUUCAGGAGACUUCAAGAUGGUGAGGACACAUGCUACUAGAGAUAACCAAGCACUCGUGCCCCUUGCUAGAGCCGCCAGAGCCAGAGCACCCGAGCGAGCUGCUACAGAUGAGCCACCAGCAGCUCCAAUCGGAGCACAAGCACCUCAUACGCCUACUAUUACUACUCCAGCUCUUCAGGAGACCCUUGCAUAG